UGAAUCUAUAUAUUAUCCAGUGAGCGCGGGAGAACACAGACAAUACUUAAUUGAGAUUAAUUGAUACAAUAAAAUAUGUGAAUACAAACAAUCGUUUUGCGAUAUUUCAAGUAAUUUAGAAAUAACGAUGAAUUUCUGUCUUGUUAAAUAUUCAUUCAGCACGAUCUGAGUCGCAGCAUGAAGUGUGUGUACUUUUUGUCGCAAUAUAUUGUUAUAUAAAGUGAACAAUGAUUUGUUAAGCAAACAUUAAAAAUGAGUGAGCAACUAAUUAGGCGAGUUAAGAACUCUCUAAAUGCGCAGUUUUAUUCCAUGAAUGAUUCAUGGCUAUCAGACUGCAUUGAGUACUAUUUGGAGGAUCAUAAAAAUCCAACACACGAGGAAAUCAUAACGUUUGUUAUUAAUCAGUGGUUACUCUGCGAUUUGAGAGAAAUCAACAAUGAAAAGGGAUGUUUGCCAAGAGAUCUUUCGAAUAAAAAGUGUACUACUCUUUCUGGAAAAUACAUCCUUCAAAUGGACAAGCUAUACGACAUAUCCCAGUCAAAGUACAAACAGCUUGAGAAAAUAAGAAAUGUUUCAUCUGAGAAUGUUGAAGCCACGGAGAAUGAAAACAAGCAAGAUGAUAAAAUGCAAAAUUGGGAACCAAAGUCAAAAAGAAUGCUGCAACUGUUUUUAACAGAUGGCAUUCAAGACAUUCUAGCUAUCGAGUAUAAACCUAUCAGGUUUUUGAAAGAUAGUUUGUUUCCUGGUUUCAAACUGUUGAUAAAAGGGCCAGUGAUAUGCAGGAGAGGAGUAAUAUUGUUAGAAGAAACCAAUAUUUCAGAAGUUGGAGGAGAAGUUGACAGUUUACUUAUUGUAAAUGCUGUAGAAAAUGUGUUUGCUAGAGCCCUAAAUUUGGAAGAAAAUCCUGAUCCGUAUAAUGAUGACAACAAACAAACGCAAAGUACUCAAAGUACUCAAAGAACUACUCAAAUGGAGGAUGAAUUUGACAUCAACACAGAAAUUAUUGAUCAAAUAGAUAAACAAGUUCAACAAAAAAAUUCUACUGGAACAAAAUCUUCAGUUACAUCUGCAACCAGAAAUCAACAAAGGCAAACCCAUGAAUCUAGCAAUAAUUCUAAUAAUCGACAAGCUCAAAUCUAUGGUGUCAGUAACCAUCAAAAUCAAAAUUAUGGUACAAAGAGUCAAUCUAAUAAUCAAAGCACAUCUGCUAGUCAUGCAAGUAAAACACAAAAACAGAAUUAUAAUUACAAUGCUCAAAGCACAAGGAAUACCUUUGACGAUGAUGAUGAUUUAUUUUUGAAUAUGGUCGAUGAGAAAGCAUUCGAAAAUUUAGCUCCAUCAAAACCUACACCUUCAAUACAACACAAGUCUGUAACCAGUAACCAGUCUACUUCAUCACGAGUAAUCCAGAACCAAAAUGUUGACGACUUUCCACUGGAAGAUGAGAUAUAUGACUUGGAUGAAGAACAGUCACCUUAUUUUAGCGCAACAAAAGUACAAAGUGGACUUAGUAAAAUAACGUCAGUCAGCAAACCUACGUCUGGCAGUUCAGUUAGAAGUAAUCAAGAAACUAGUAGAAACGAAAAAUCAAAACAAUCAAAUGUAACAUCAAAAUAUGAAUGGAAAGAUACUCACUCCGGUAUCUCAAAACAAUCAAACACAGUAUCAAAUUAUAAUUCUAAAGAAAAAGUUGCUAGUGUGUCAAGUUACAAAAGCUCAAUAAACAAACAAUCAACUCCUCCUAAACAAAAAAUUGAAUCAACUCCAUCUGUGAGCCAUGUGUCUGAGUUUCCAGAUGAUGAUUUUGACAUGAAUGAUUUUGACUUAAAAACAGAUGAUUUAACAGAGUAUUUUAAGAAAGAUAAUCAAAGUGAAAUAAAAAGUGCCAAACCUAGUCAGACACCAAAUAAAUCAAAUUCAGUUGAUACAAUUGUCAAAAGUAAGGUUGAUGAAGUAAAGGAAUUUGCAGCUGAGUUUGAUACAGAAAUGGAUGUAGACGAUAUACCGUUUUCGCAUCAACAACAAACUGGAAGUUCUAGAUUCCAGGAAACUAGUGAAACUCCAAUAAACAAGUAUAAAAAAAACGUUGAUGGUAUUUCUUCUCCGGAAUUCUCUGGAGUUAAAAGAUUAGCAAGUAAAACGUCACCUGUAGCAGAUGGUCCACAGAAAAUGCGAUGCUUACAAAGCACUCCAAAAGAUAAAUCUUGCAACAGGAAAAUUACUGACUUUUUAAAUAAACCAUCGAGAUCACAAAGUCAGGAGAGUAAAUCAUCAACGCCAAAAAGUCAAGAAAAUAAAUCAACAACAUCAAAGAGUGAAGAAAAUAGUACAAUAACAUUAUUAAGUGAAGAUACAGUUCGAAUUUGCGAAUUCAUAAGAGAUGUCUUAAAAGAAUCUCUAAAAGGUGAAAAAAUUCACACAGUAGUAAGGGGUAAAGUUGUAAAUAUUGUAAAAUUAAAUUUAUUGAAAAAUGAAAAAGGAAACUACUUUUAUCUAGAAGGUACUAUUACAGAUAAUACUGGAAAUUUAGAUGUUGUUUUUUCUUCAGAGGUGUUGGAGGAAAUAAUUGGAUAUAGCACCCAAGUAUUUGUUCAAAAAAGAAAGCAAAGUAAGUCCAAUCCUGCUAUAAAAGAUGAGCUGAGAGAGGAUUUAAAAAAGGCCCAAGAAACUUUAAAACUUUUAGAUGUGUUGAUGGAAAUCAAAUAUAAAGUAAAUGAAAGGGCAAUUAUUGUAAAAAUAAUGAAAUUAUCCAAGGACGAACGAAAGUACCUAGAUUUGAGAUCAUAUGUAUCCGAAGCUCAGUAGUAUUAAUUGUUCAUUAAAAAUAAUGUAUUGAUAAUAUGAAUGCGUUUUAAACAGUUUUUAUAUUUUUAUAAUAAAAUUUAUUUUUCUGAA